UCUCUGCGCCGCUCCCGCCGGGACUCGAGGAGAAGGGAGCUGGCAGGCCCGGCGGGGGCACCGGCGCGGACAUGCACAGCGCCCGGCUUGACAGCUUUCUGAGCCAGUUACGCUGCGAACUGUUGUGUGGCCGAGAUACUGGCUCACCACCUAUGCCUGGGCCCCUGCAUCCACCUCCCCAAAGUGUCCCCAGCGUGCAGAGUACUGCCCAGCACCUCAAAGCCACAGAUGUCUUGGAAGAAGACUCUAUCUGCUGUGUGGAGGAGGAAGAGGAGGAGGAGGCAGCAGUGACAGAAGAUCGGGGUACAGCCCUUGGGGGCCCCAGAGAGCAUGCCCUGGAUUGGGACUCUGGCUUCUCCGAGGUGUCAGGCAGCACGUGGCGAGAGGAGGAACUGCCAGUACUACGGCGCCGCCCGGCACCCCCACGGCGCCCCCAGAGCCAGCGCCUCUCUGUCAGUGGCCUCCUGUCCGGCAGGGCUCCUGCUGCGGACGCACGGCCUACCUGUCGUCCCCGGCCCAAGUCCACCCCAGACGCCUGCCUGGAGCACUGGCAGGGACUGGAAGCAGAUGAUUGGACCGCAGCCCUGCUCAACAGGGGUCGUAGCCGCCAGCCCCUGGUGUUAGGGGACAAUUGCUUCGCUGACUUGGUUCACAAUUGGAUGGAGCUGCCGGAGGCAGCCAGUGAAGGAGGUGACGGAGGUGAACCCCGGGCCCGUGCUCGCCCCCCCCAGUUCCUGCUUGGCCUCUCCGAGCAGCUACGGCGCCGACUGGCCAGGGCACGCCGGGCGGCCAUGGCAGGAAAACGCCUGUCGUGCCCGCCUCGCCCAGAACCUGAGCUGCCUACGGAUGUGUCCCGUUUCGCAGCACUCAUGAGCUGUCGCAGCCGGCAGCCCAUCAUCUGCAAUGACAUCAGCUACCUCUGACCCUGUUGUACCCCAGAUGGGGACAAUAAAGGCCUUUUUCUAGA